AUGGUAGUUGUAAUACAGUAUGUUGACAAAAAAGGCCAAGUGAUUGAGUGCUUUUUGGGUAUUAUGCAUGUUGCUAAUACGAAUGCUCUCUCACUCAAACAAGCUGUGGAAAAUUUAUUCUCCAGACUUGGAUUGAGUAUUUCUAGAUUGCAGGGCCAAGGAUAUGAUGGGGCUAGUAACAUGCAAGUCGUGAGAAAGAAUCACAAUCAAAUAGCUUUACUUUUCACUUUGGUUUCUAAUGUGGUGAACGUUGUUGGAGCACCAUGUAAACGCCGAGAUAUUGUUAGGGAGAAGCAAGCUGCAAAAGUUGCUGAGGCACUUAAUACUGGAGUGCUAUCUAGUGGGCAAGGCUUAAAUCGAGAAACUAAUCUUAAACGUGCUAGCGAUACACGUUGGGGUUCACACUAUAGUGCUUUAGUCAGCUUGGCUAGUAUGUUUUCAAUAGUGAUUGAUGUGCUUGAAAUGAUUUCAGCGGAUGGUUCAAAUUCAGAACGACGAGCAGAAGAAAAUGUAUUGCUGGACUCAAUUCAAUCAUUUGAGUUUGUAUUCAACCUUCAUUUGAUGAAAACGAUAUUGGCUAUUACAAGAUUUUCUUUAGUAGAGCUCAUGGUACUUAAUGAUCAACUUGAUACAUGUAUUAUCAGCAUGUUAUCCAGUAGUGAGUUCUCAAUGUUGAACGGAAUUGUCGAUCUUGCUAAGAAAAUGGUGGAGACUAGAAGAGACAAAGUAUAUCCAUUGGUGAAUUUGCUCCUGACUUUAGCAUUAAUCUUACCUAUAGUAACUGCUACUGUUGAGAGGGAAUUUUCAGCUAUGAAUAUUGUGAAGAACCAGUUGUGGAACAGAAUGCAUGACGAAUAG